AACUGGAAAGACCAAACUUUACUAAGCAGAAUUUCUGAUCCUUCUCUCUCUUCUUUUCCUCUUGCAGCACAACACUAGAUUUGUAAUGAAAUGGAGUCUGGAUCAAGCUCUUUUCGAGUGGAAUUUCCAGAUUUUUCUAGCACCAUUUUGCAGAAGUUAAACCAGCAGCGCCAGCAAGGACAAUUAUGUGAUGUGUCCAUUGUAGUUCAGGGCCAUCUCUUCAGAGCCCAUAAAGCUGUUCUUGCAGCUAGUUCACCUUACUUCUGUGAUCAGGUGCUCCUGAAAAAUAGCAGGCGGAUAGUCCUGCCUGAUGUGAUGAAUCCAAGAGUAUUUGAAAACAUUCUUCUGUCUACCUAUACAGGUCGGUUGGUUAUGCCUGCUCCAGAAAUAGUAAGUUAUUUGACAGCAGCAAGCUUUCUUCAGAUGUGGCAUGUAGUAGAUAAAUGCACUGAAGUGCUAGAGGGGAACCCAACAGUUCUCUGUCAGAAGAUGAACCAUGGCAGUGAUCAUCAGUCCCCGAGUAGUAGUAGUUACAACGGCCUUGUUGAAACCUUUGAACUUGGCUCUGGAGGACAGACAGAAUUCCACAAAGUGCAGGAGCUGAGGGAUGGCGAAAAUGAAGAAGAAAGCUCUAAAGAUGAACUGUCAUGUCAACUAACAGAACACGAGUACCUUCCCAGUAAUUCUUCAACAGAACAUGAUAGACUCAGCACAGGAAUGACAAGUCAGGAUGGUGAAGAAGGGACUAGUGAUAGUGCAGAGUAUCAAUAUACAAGACCUAUAUAUAGCAAACCCAGCAUCAUGUCUCACAAGCGGUGGAUCCAUGUGAAACCAGAAAGAUUUGAACAGGACUGUGAAGGUGUUGAUAAUCCUUAUGAUGAACACCAAGUUUCUGAAUCCAUGAAUGCCAUUCAGGCAGAUCAUUCAAUCCAGUCUUCAGGUGUUGAAGACUUUCAUAUAGGUGACAAAAAGAUGGAAGCAGAAUUUGAUGAACAGGCAGAUGAAAGUAAUUAUGAUGAGCAAGUUGACUUCUAUGGCUCUUCUAUGGAGGAGUUUUCUGGUGAAAGGGCAGAUGGAAAUUUAAGUGCUCACAGACAGGAUCUUAUGAUAGCAACAGGUUAUGGUGAAGGUAUUGAAAUGGCUACAGGAAUUAAAGAAGAAACAUCCCUCACUGGAUUCUCACAUGCUGAUAAGCUAUAUCCUUGUCAGUGUGGUAAAAGCUUUACACACAAGAGUCAGCGAGAUCGGCAUAUGAGUAUGCACCUUGGUCUUCGACCUUACGGCUGUGGUGUCUGCGGUAAGAAAUUCAAAAUGAAACACCAUCUUGUUGGCCAUAUGAAAAUUCAUACAGGCAUAAAACCAUACGAGUGUAACAUCUGUGGAAAAAGAUUUAUGUGGCGGGACAGUUUUCACCGGCAUGUAACCUCUUGUACCAAAUCGUAUCAAGCUUCUAAAGCUGAGCAGAGUACUACUGAGAUGAACUAAAACAUUAGAGCUUACAUUUGUUUAGUGGAGUAAGCAAAAUAAACUAAUUAUGCAAAUAGUGUCUGGUACUUGCUAUUGUGAAAUUUAAAUUCUCAUAAAAAACACGUUCUAAUGAUUAUGCUGGUAUGAGCAGACCAAACUUUUUUUAUUUUCCACAGUGUUACUGCAGGUGUGUUAAUGUGUGAAGUGCAAAUGGUUAAUCUGAAAGAUUAACUUGCCAAAUGAGGUCUGUAAGGUCUUUGUGAUAUUGCUGAUUGCCAUUGCAGCAGUAUUCAGAAACCCCAUUGUUUUUCUAAGUCUUGUAAAUUCACAGUAAAACCCAAUUCUAAAUUGACCCAAACUCUGCAAAUAUUUGCAUAAAGCAGCUAUUCAGGUAGCCUUAGUGGGAAAGAGAACAAGGAUGACCACACCGGGUUAUGCGGGCUACCUGUUAAUAAAAUUUGCAUGAUUCAUGUUUUAACGGAGAGGAAAAAAAAAAAACAUAAUUCCACCUCAAACUGGAGACUGCCAACAUGCUUAACAUGCUUUAUUAAAUAGCCUUUAUUGUAUUGCUUAAUGAAAGGCUGUAUUAAAGCUGAUUUGGCUUUUCUUUAUCUGUCUUCCAUUUUUUAUCCAUCUUUAGUAAAACAUCUAGUUGUGUAAUUUUGUGCUUAUUUCUAUUUAAAGAGUCUGUAAAGCACUUAAAUAUAGUUGAGCACUAUAUAAACUUAAAACUAUUUUAAAUGUAAUUUGUCUUUGCUCCUUUAGGGCCUAAUGCUGUAUGGCUCUUGGUUUGACUCUCAAUUUUAAUUGCUAUAUCAUGAGAGCUUUUAGAAGUGUGUGUAAUAAGUAUGUAUUGUCAAAAAAAAUUUUAAAGGGAGAUGUAAUAUUUGAAUCUUAUUCAAAACACUCAUACCUUUUAACUGUAGCCUUGUGUUCCGGUUUUUAUGGCUUACUACAGUAGCAAGUACCAAACUCUGUAUAUUUACAAAUUGACCUUUUUUUUGGUACUAAGACUUGUUUGAGAACUUCUGUCUAGUUUUAGAAAUCUCUUUAGGGAAAUGAUUUAGUCAUUGAUAGGUAUUUAUACACUUAAUUCUUUACUGUUUGAACAUUAUGAGCUAUAAUACAGAUUCCUGGUACUGAACUACUGUGACUGGUUACAUGUGAUCACAAGCAGCCAGAGUUGUUUGCCUCUUGGAAUGAAACUGCUUGUUUGGGGGGAGAAAAAAAGGUAGAAAGUAUAAAAUUUGGAUCCGUUAAUGGUACUGCAGAAUGUGGUACCAUGGUCACGUCUCAAGUCUGGAUUUUUGUCAGGAAAGUGGCACUUGUGCUCUAUUAGGUUGAGGAUCUGUAUGCUGGGCUUUCAUUACUGGAGACAGAUGGAGAAGCGUUUGUAGUUUUGAGAGAUACUGCCAGCUCUGCAGGUAGAGUGAGGGCAUCAAUUGUGAAGGAGGCAACAGGAUUUGGGGGUUGAAAGUUUAGUGCUUUCCUACGCAAAAGCAGUUUAACCCUUCUUUGUUGUUUACUGAAAUCUAGUGUAAAAAGGAAAGAGCUUUUAGAGCAUAGACUGGCUAUAAUUAAAGGGGUGAUGUCCAAGUAAUGCGCUGAUAACGUGUGACUAAAAAAAAGUUAACCAGCAUCAAAGGCCUUCUAAGCCUGUCUGGCCCCAAUGUACAUAUUAGAUACUGCAAUCUGCAGAAUAACAUGCUUUAAAAAAAAAAAAAAACAGAUGACCCUGUAUGUUGAA